CGCAUGUGCGCUUGACCCUCGGCACUGCGGUAACGAUCUCAGUGUGCGCCUCUCUGCUGGAUCUUCAUGCACAAUUCUUGCCCGUCUCAACCCUGAAUUGUGCUUUUGUUCGACGUGCGGGCUCGAAAGGAUUGCAUUUGAUCACAACACGCCCUUUCUCGCUCCGCACACGAUGGCCACCGAGCAGCCCAAAGAGGCGGGUCCACCUCAGGAAUCCCCGCCUUCUGCGGAAGCCAAAGCAGCCGAGCCAGAGCCAGCGGCGGCCAUGACGCCUUCAGCAGCAGCGGCCGCACCGCCGAAGCCUGCAGUUCCAGACACGUCUCCUGCACCUGCGAGCGCGGUGGAGGACGCUCCGGACCCGGACGAAGAUGAUCUCGACGACCUCGAUGACGUGUUGGACGAGUUUGCCGCUACGAACCUGAACAAGGCCAACGCUCCCACAUCUUCAGGUCCGGGCCGGCCAGCGCCUGCGUCCGCGUCUUCUGCAUCUGCGCCCAUGGCUGGUCCGUUCCCGGGUGUGGGAGGAGCGGGACCCGGGGGUCUGUUCGCCGACGACGAGGAGUUCGCCAAGUCGCUGCAGGCGGGCAUGGCAGAGCUUCUGGGGGAGUUUGGCAGCAACCCGGAGAUGGCGAAGCAGUUCGAAGACCUGGUCAAGGAGCUGGGCGAGGGCAUGGGCGCUGCCGCUGGCGAGAUGGGCGUGCCACCGGAGGUUGCGAAGAACGCUGGUGCGACCUCCGCAUCGGCUACGAGUGCGCCGGAGACUGCGUCGAGAGACGCCGGAGCUUCCUCUGCGUCGGCGUCCAAGGGCACGGCACAUUCGCAGCCUUCGUUCGAGGACAUGAUCCGCGCAACCAUGGAGCGCAUGUCCGCCUCCUCGGCCGCGGCUGCAGAUGCAGCGUCCCGAUCGGCGGCAAACCCGGAGGAAGACUUCCUAGCCGCCAUGUUGAGAGAACUCGAACGUGAGGGCGGGGCAGGCAUGGGCUCCGACGAGGACUUCAGUCAGAUGCUGAUGGGCAUGAUGGAGCAGUUGACCAACAAGGAAAUCCUGUACGAGCCGAUGAAGGAAUUGCACGACAAAUUCCCCGGAUGGAUGAAGGAGAACAAGGACAAGACCAAAAAGGAGGAUUGGGACCGCUACGUCGAACAGCAGAGGCUCGUCGGCGAGAUUGUGGCCAAGUUCGAGGAGAGCGGGUACAGCGAUGGAAAUGCACAGUACAGAGAGUACAUUGUGGAGAGGAUGCAGCAGAUGCAAGCUGCUGGUUCCCCUCCGCCCGAUCUGGUAGGCGACAUGAAUUCGGCGCAGGAGGCACUUGGUGAUCUUGAAUCCGGCUGCCCCCAGCAAUAGACUCAAGGAAGGAAAAAGAAAGUUAUGGUAGACUGCUAUUUAAUCCGCGAUAGCAACGCAUCCAAUGAUGAUGUGUAUCCUGAAGAUGCUGAGCAAAGCCAGGACAUGUGGAUGAUUAUACCCCCAUCUCUGCCCGUCUACAUCUGCGUUGCAUAAAAAGAGGGGAGUUUCGGAAACCCCGCCAGGGCAAGAAAGGCCCUGUCUAAGAGUAGGAAUUUUGAACAGCAAUCCCAUUCAGUUCCAUCCA